UGCAGAGAGAGAGGCACUUUGCACCACAGACAGAUAGCACGAAGGAAAAGCCAGAGAGAGUGAGGAAAAGAGAGGAGUCAGUCGCUCCUGGGGAAGGGAGAGAGUGAGACAGGCUGGGAGAAGGAGAACAGAAAGUGUGUGUAAACGGAGUAAAGAAGGGAAAAAAAUACCCUUAAAGCACAUUUUAAAAACUCUGGCAAUUCUAGAAAGAAACAGGCUACGUUUCUGAAAGAGACAAUGAAAAGCUCAAGAAAAUUUUGCAAUCUCUGCCACAGUCUCAUAGGUGCUUGGAAAUGAAAGUAGAACUGCCUGUCUCUAACCGGCUCUGAGAGGGGUAACUGGAUUAGGGACGGGUACGCCAGUUUUUUUUUUUUUUUUAAACAUCUUAAAUCCUGAAAAAAAAAAAAAAAAAAAAAAAAAAAGCAGCAGCUCCGAAUUGAAUGAAUUGAUGGGCACACUCCAACGGCUGGGCUGGAGAGACUGGACUUGGUCUUGCCAUUUCUGCUGCUUUGAAAAAGGAGACAACUUGGGCGUCCUUUUAAUUUAGUUUUUCUCCUUCUCCCCCACCCCCAACCUCCCCCCUCACCUCCCCCACCCCCUCUAUCACCACCCCCCUUUCAAAUAAGAGGGUGAAGGGGAACCAGAGCGCACAAGGGAACUGACCCAGGAGGCAGAGAAGAUGGGCAUCCUCAGCGUAGACUUGCUGAUCACACUGCAGAUUCUGCCAGUGUUUUUCUCCAACUGCCUCUUCCUGGCGCUCUAUGACUCGGUCAUUCUCCUCAAGCACGUGGUGCUGCUGCUGAGCCGCUCCAAGUCCACUCGCGGGGAGUGGAGACGCAUGCUGACCUCAGAGGGAAUGCGCUGCAUCUGGAAGAGCUUCCUCCUCGAUGCCUACAAACAGGUGAAACUGGGUGAAGAUGCUCCCAAUUCCAGUGUGGUGCAUGUCUCCAAUGCUGAAGGAGGUGACAGCAGUGGAAAUGGUGCCCAGGAGAAAACAGCCGAUGGAGCUGAGUGCCACCUUCUUGACUUUGCCAGCCCUGAGCGCCCACUGGUGGUCAACUUCGGCUCAGCCACUUGACCGCCUUUUACUAACCAGCUGCCAGCCUUCAGCAAACUGGUGGAAGAGUUCUCGUCAGUGGCUGACUUCCUGUUGGUCUACAUUGAUGAGGCUCAUCCUUCAGAUGGUUGGGCGGUGCCUGGGGAUUCUUCUUUGUCUUUUGAGGUGAAGAAGCACCGGAACCAGGAAGACCGAUGUGCAGCAGCCCACCAGCUAAUGGAGCGUUUCUCCUUGCCGCCCCAGUGCCGAGUUGUGGCUGACCGCAUGGACAAUAAUGCCAAUGUCGCUUAUGGGGUAGCCUUUGAACGUGUGUGUAUCGUGCAGAGACAGAAAAUUGCUUACCUGGGAGGAAAGGGCCCCUUCUAUUACAACCUUCAAGAAGUCCGGCGUUGGCUGGAGAAGAAUUUCAGCAACAGAUGAAAGCUAGAUUAGCUGGUUAAAGGUAUGAUUGUAAUAGAGAUUUUUUUUUUUUAAAUUAUGUAAAGACAAGGAAACUAAGAACUGAAUCCACUAUUUCAACUGAGUCGCAUUGUCUCACUGAAAGACAGGAAUUUACGUGUCAGAAGAACACAAACCUCUAACAUCUCAAUACUACUUUCACCACUUAAAUGGCUCUUGGCUAAAUAGUAGUCCCAUCACUUCUCUUCCUGGUGAAAAGCCCUAAGUGAAAAGAUCCCAAGAUGGAGAGGAAGAAACCUUGUUUCAGCAUGUGUUCAUUUCUGCCCUGAAGAGGAAGUGAUACAGCUGAUACGUGCCUUGGGACGUGAAGAAAAGACUUACCUGAAUAACUGCUAUGUUAGGGAAGCUACCAUCCGUGUUAGUAUGAGGGGUAUUGCCUAGGCUUUAUUCAGCAUAGAUAGAGCCCAACUGGAUACUUCCCAAAUGUUUACUUACAAUGAAUAUUCACGCCCAGGGCAUGUGGUUAGGACUUUGGUGUUUAAUGUGUUAGAGUAGUUUCUGAUCAUGUAGUUUCUAGCCUUAUUGUGCUCUAUGCCAGCCUAAGUAUCCCAGAACUCGCAGGUACCAUUUGCACAUAUCAAGAAUGAUCCCUACCUGGAGGGUUAGAAUGGUUAUCUGAUAUCUGAUGGUUACUGUCUAGGCAGGUGGGGAAAAAGCUAGAAGAAAAGCAAAUUUACAAGCUAGGAAAAGGAGGCAGAAAAAUUAGGAGGCUUCAUAGAGCGUCACCUUGACAUUGUGGAGAGUGUGACUAAUUUGUUAGUCACAGAAACAUGGAAACAUACACAAAGCUAGAGAAAGAAGCAGCUCAACUAAAAUAGCGUAGGGAUUAUACAUAUGAAAUCAACUUAUUUAUCAUAUGUUCCUGGAUUGAGGAGAAAGGGGAAUUGAGAGGGAAAAGACACAUUAAUAUUUGCAUUACUUUUUGAAAUGUUUGUGUUGUGACUUUUCAGUAGGUGAAUUAUACCCCAUGAUGCUGAUGAAAGGUAAAACCAGUGGGUCCAGUGGUGCUGGUCUUUCCCUCUCCAUCCCUACAAUUUUGCUGUGGCCCCACUCCUUCUUGGUCUUGGUCUCUGUGGCAGUGUUCUCUGAAUGCUGAGAUCAGCAAUAUAUAUUUUAUAUAUACACAUUCUCAGUUGUGUGGGAGGUAGUUUCCCUGGCCAUUGAGCUGCAGCACUGUUUUCCUCCCAAAGAGGUGAACUAUAAUGAAUGAUAGGUGAAAACAAGCAAGCUUUCUUCAGAAGCAAAAUGAAGAGAAAGUUUGAGACAAUUCCCAUCAGUGAUCUUGGAGGCUUUGCUCUAAGGCAGUCCUCAAUAUCAUGGAAUUUGGUGACAUGGAAUUCCCGUUAAUAUUUGAAUUUGGACUUGGGUUUUCCUUUGUUCCUCUUAGCUGAGGUAUAGUAGUCUAAGGCCUCUAUAGUACAUUUUUAUAAUACUAUUUUAAUAUGUAUACCAUAUUUCUCUUUAAAAUGAAGAUACUAUAGUUUUACUUAUAGGUAAUAUAAGUAAUAACGAAUAUCCUAACCUCCAAAAGAACAGACCAACCAAUUUUGUAUCUUAAAUUUUUUUAUUGUAAAUUUGAGGAUGUUAUCAAAUCACAGUAUAUGGUUAUAUUUAUAUUACAAUCAAAGGUUUCUAUGACCAUUCCAUUAAUAAUUGAAUCAUAAAAUAAAACAAAUAGAAAAAGAUACCUAAAAUUGAAAAUAUCUGCCUGAAUUAGUUGCCUGAAAUGAGGAAAAAGUGGGAACUGAGUGUAUAAGAACCAAAAGUCUAUUUUUUUUUAAAAUGGAGCAACAUAAUAGUCAUAUCACUGCAUAGUUUAUUGUUUAGAUAUUAAAGCACCAUUUUAACUGGUUAUUUUUAACUGCAACAUGUAAGCUUCUCACUGUUCUAAAUUCUACAAAAUGUGCCCACAAAGAAACAAAUUUUGAAAAUGUGACAUUAUCUAAUGAAUUUCUGGUAGAUCACAUUGAGAAUAGAUUAUUUCUCUCCUCAGUUGUUAAACUCUAUAACUCAAGGCUUAUCGGUGGACUCCAUUGAUUUUUAUCUUCAAAAUGGUGUUGAGAUUUAUGUGGUACCCUAGAGAAGAAAAAUGAAGUAUUGGUGGCAGCCCACUUACACUGUUGUCCUUAAACUCCCCCUUUGUUCUACAUAUACAAUAAGGGAACAGGAUGUGAGAGAAGCUGGUGGGGGGAUGAGAUUUGGCUAAGGCAGGCAGUGCUAGUUGUCUGGGGAAAAGGACGAUGGGGAAACUAUCCAGUUAUGACAUAUUUUUAAAGAAAGAGAAGGUUGUGUGCAUGCAGUUCUUCUCCCUGAGGAUAAGGCAAUGGAGAAGUGAAGAAGCGGAAGUAAACAUACAAAGGCAUAGGCUGAAUAUCAGGGACAAAGAUAUGUUCAGUGGAACAUGGAAGAGUUACUGGAAGAAAGGCUUUAGGGGCCAGUGGAGAAAGCAAAUGGACAAAGCUCAGGAAUCCUACAAUAUGUAGAAUGGCUUGGUGUUAUCAGAGUUAGGAUAAGCCUAUAAUUCCGUAACUUAUUUAUCUCAAUAUGAACUUUUAUGAUUUCCUGUGGUGUAUCUUUUAUGAACUUAAAAAGAACUCAUUAUUUGAGAUAGAGGAGAAUCAAUGCUUAGCUGGUAUGUUCAGAGAUUAUUAAAUUGUCAAUCCCCCCCCCCCCAUCCUAUCUUUUUUAUUUAUUUUUUUAUUUUUUGGGAGGUACACCAAGUUCAAUCAUCUGUUUUUAUACACAUAUCCCCAUAUUCCCUCCCUUCCUUGACUCCCCCUGCCUCGAGUCCCCCCCACCCUCCCCGCCCCAGUCCUCUAAGGCAUCUUCCAUCCUCGAGUUGGACUCCCUUUGUUAUACAACAACUUCCCACUGACUAUCUCUUUUACAGUUGGUAGUAUAUAUAUGUCUGUGCUACUCUCUCGCUUCGUCUCAGCUUCCCCUUCACCCCCUGCCCCCUCCCAAACCUCGAGUUCUCCAGUCCAUUCUCUGUAUCUGCUAUCCUAUCUUUUAUAAGGUACGUUCCUUUGAAGAAUUGUAGUUCCUAUUCUCACAAGGCAAAAUCUAUAAGUAAUAUGUAUAGAUAAACUUACAACAUAAGUUUAUAUAUAUAAAUGUAUAUAUAUAUACGAUUUCUUUUUUUUAGUACCUAAACAUCUCCCCCCAACCCCAUAGGCCAUUGUGUACAUGGAGCUAUCAGUUUAGUCUUUUAAACUGAAUUAGCUUGUCUGUUAUAAAAAUAGUUUCCAAGCAAUUUUAGAUAUUAUUAUAGCAUCUGGAUUUACUCAAACAUUUAGUGUUUGAAAGACUUAUGUCUUGGAACUAUUCAAAACUUACUUUAUUUAAUUGCUUAGAGAAAAUGUUAGUGGAAUCGAUGACUUUCUUGAAUGGGCAUGUAUGAAAUGCCUGCACAAUAGGGUAGAAAUGUUUGAUACAGAUAUUAAAAUAUAACUGACCUCUUUAGAAGCAGGUUAGUAAUGCUGUUCUUGCUUUGUAUAGCUAAAGUGACAGUCUUAACUUGCAUGGCCUUUCAUAUUCAUGUUUUCAGUCUCUGGUCCUUUGUCUUCACCGUGUUUAUAGAAUAUACCCCUGAUUUUUGGUAAUAUCCACUUUGAAAUGGCCUGUUGAUUUAGUUAAGUUCUCCUACCAUUAAUCAGGAAAUGCCAAUUCUGUGAUCAAGGAGGGAAGAAAGUCCUGCUGUCUUUCAUUUUGCCUGAGUGUAUUUCACUUUUGGGACUCUUGAAUAAAAAAUUAUGAAAUAUGGUGAGGUCAUGCAUGUGUGCUGCCUUUAUGCAUAAAAUACGAGAGAGGUAGGUAAAAGACAACAUCUAUGCCUUUCGGAAAGUUCCCGGCUGGAUACGAGGUGCCCUCAGUGUGGCCUAUGGGCUGUGUCCACAGCAAGAGGAACACGCUCUUGUGCAGGACUUCCCAUUUUGUAAAUCAUGAGAAGAUAAACAUGGACAUGUAUCCUGCCUAAUCUCUGGCUGAUAGUUGGAAGAUAAGCUUAAUUAGAAUCACAUGGCCAUUGCAAAGGAGAAAAUGUAGACACAAACUUCUGUCUCAUUGAAGGAUUAAUAAAAACCUUUACCAGCAUCUAGAGCUUUUCAGAAUAUACCCAACGUUAUGUCUCUGUGCAGUGGAGAUUAACAGUGAGGUUUUUAAUUCCAGGAGUUUUUUUUUUUUUUAAAUGAUAUUGCCAAAAAUCAGAGCUAAAUUGUUUUUAGUUAUAUUCCAACCUCCUCUCUACUUCCUCCUUUACCUUAAAAAUAGAAGCUAAACCCAGUCUUCCUGUUAAGUCCAGAUGGGGCAUAAGAAACAACCUCUUCUUGGUGAUCUGCCCUCUCUUGGUAGCAUCCUGAGGUCCUCUAUGAAAGAGGGGCACAGGGCCUGGGAGAUUCAGGAAGUUGCUAACUGGAAAGAGCUAGGUGCUGAGGGCUUGGUCUACUGAUCUGGGGAGAUUUGAAAAGAAACGUCUCACCUUUGGUGUCACUGAGUGACUUUAGCAAAGCAUUAGGCUACUUCCUAAUGCCUUACAUUCUAGAUAGCAUGAGAAAUGAGGUCUCAGACUUAGGAUCCAGUUCUGUUCCUAGGUGAGUCUGAACCCAUAGAAAGCAGACAUGUACAAAUCUCCAAACAAAACUGCUCAUGCAGGUUGGGGCUCUCUGCCCAUCUUGGGCAGUUGUACUAGAGCCCCAGGCAGUUUAUUUAAUAUUUGCUGUGGAGACUUCGAAGACCCAGGAGAUGUUUAAUGAAGUCACUAUUUUGGCUCAAAACUCCCCUUUCCCCCCCCAAAAAGCAAGUAAGUAAACACAUAAAUGAAAGAAGCCCACAGAAGGGAGUGGGAAAGAAAUAAAAUUCUCCCAAGACUUCUCCGGACCAUGUCACUGGUCGGUGCGGUUUUUAUGUGUGUUAAGAUUGGAAGAUGUGGAGACAUAAGUAUCCAGUACUUUAUAACCAAAGCAAUUAAGUGACAUUGGGCGGGGAAUGUUGGCCAGUUUUGUUUAAAUUUGCAUCACAUUAUCACCAGACUCUAUCACUAGCCCAAGUAAUCGGGCACCCGAACAGGGAGAUUGGGAUGUGCAGAGGUUACUAGUGUGCAAAUGAUAACUACUGACGAAAGAGUCAUCGACUCAGUUAGUGGUUGGAUAUAGUCACAUUCGUUUGCCUCUGCCCAUCUUUGCCUUCCUAGCAAGGAGAAUAUUCGGGGCAUGAUGCAAUGAGUACUGGGUAAAUGUGGUGAGAACGUGUGUGUGUAUCUCUCUGCUUCUCAGCUGCAGAAACAGAAAUGCUUUGGAGAUUAUCAGUAGAAAGAGUGUUAUUAUAUUGGUGCUGAGUGGUAU